AUGUUUUGUGCAGACUGCGCUCUCAAUAUUGCUGUAGCAGUUGAGUGUGGAUUUCCCCUUGCACACCUUACCUGGUGUGCAGUACAUGUUUUAAGGGCGAUAAGUAAGUCAGAGAUCAAAUCGAAGUUCGUUUCCAAUGAGAAUUACGAGACAUUUUAUAUCCUCAUGGACUUCUUAACACUUCGCAUUGAUACGACAGACGAACAGCAGAUGAAAGAAGAAUCAACCGCAGCAUAUGAGAAUCUUGUUACACUUUUGGAGCAAGCAGAACCAACUGCCUUCAAUUAUUUUGCGAAGCAAUGGAGACCCCAUUUAGUCAAAUGGAUGAUCAUGCACCGUGGAUCAAAUGAGGCAACUAACAACGUCUCUGAGAGCCAUUUCCGCCAGAUCAAAUAUACUGUUUUCCUUGGAAAAAAGCAUAUCAGAAUUGACGAUUUUGUAAAUAUGAUCAUUCGAGAGGUUUUCCCAUCCUACCUUCUCAAAAUCCGAGUUGCAAAUUCACGAGAUCCGGAAACUCGCUUCAUGAGAGUUCUUCAGAAGGAGAAAGGAAUCACAGAAGAAAAGCGUUUUAUCCAACGUGAAAAAUGCAAAGCAAUUUUAAUGUUCCUCUUCAAUGCCUUGGAAAAUGAGGCAAUCCAGCCUGAGGGAUAUAUCUCUCAACUCUCACUUUUGGCAGAAAUUGCCCAAGAAGAAAUUGAAAAGAAAAUUGAAAAUGAUUAA